UGGAUACGUAUAAAUAAUAAUAUACAUGUUUUCUCGAUUUUUUAAAUUACAUGAUAUUAUUUUUAUAGAAGAGAGAAUGUGAGAAUAGACCCUUGUCAUAAAUUUGAAUUGUAUCAAUGGUCAUUGAGGAGUGGUGAGAAGCAGUGAGAGAUGACAAUAUAAAAAGUUACAAUUUGUGUAUGCGGUAAAAAAAAUUCUUUUGAGAAAAUUAUUGUAUAGAGGAAUAGUUAAAAAAUUCCUUUAGUAUAUUUAUAUCAAAGUUUUACAUUUUUUGUUUUUGUUUAUAUUUACUUCGUUACUUCCAUAAAUUCUUCCGUAGAUGAAUAUACGUGUAGAAAAAAGUUAGGUUAAGCAAGAAAUAAUAAUUUAUAUAAAUAAUCGACAUCUUAUAAAAAUCUAUAUAUAAUAUGCUAACUGUGAUAAAAUUGAUUUAAUAAAUUUUUUAACAACAAAUAUGGUAUCGUCGUGGUGUUAUUUUGUUUUGCCUGUUGUGUUAUUAAUUGGAUUUCUUCGAAAAUGUCGUGAAUGUACUUGGGGAAGAUGUAAAAAUACAAGUAGCUUACAAGGUCGAGUUUUUAUUGUAACAGGAGCUAAUUCUGGUAUUGGUAAAGAAACAGUCAAAGAAUUAGCAAAACGAAAAGCUACUGUCAUUAUGGCUUGUCGAAAUAUGCAAAAUGCCAAAAACGUUAUUUCUGAAAUUCGUCAUCAAACUCCUAACGGCGAAUUGAUUCCAAUGGAAUUAGAUCUGGCAUCGCUUUCAUCUAUCAGAGAAUUUGCAGCUCAAGUAUUAAAGAAUUUUCCUGAAAUUCAUGUAUUGAUUAAUAAUGCUGGCGUAUAUACACCACUCAAGGAUCAUGCAAUUACUGAAGAUGGAUUUGAAAUUCACUUUGGUGUCAAUCAUCUUGGACAUUUUUUAUUAACCAAUUUACUUAUAGAGCGUCUUAAAGAAAAUGCACCUAGCAGAGUUGUUAUUGUAACUUCUAAACUCUUAGAAUCAGGAGUUAUUGACUUUUCAAAUUUAAAUGGUGAAAAAGGUGUAACGACUAAAGGACGUAUGAAUCCGGGCUAUUGUAACUCGAAAUUAGCAAAUGCAUAUUUUGGCAUGGAACUUGCAAAGAGAAUGAAAGAUUACAAUGUGAAUGUUUAUAUGGUUUGUCCUGGAUUUGCUUAUACAGGAUUGUUUAGAAAUGUCAAACGUAGUCGAUUUCAUUAUAUCUUAUUCUCGCCAAUUGCUUUAUUAUUUCUAAGAACUGCAAACCAGGGUGCACAGACUGUGCUACAUUGUGCCAUUGAACCUUCCUUAGCCGAUGAAAGUGGACAUAUUUAUCGAAAUUGUGAGCUCUACGUUUCUGAAAAGGAAUUAGAUCCUGAAGUAGCAUUGCAAUUAUGGGAAGUAAGUGAAAAACUGACAGCUGCCAAAGAGACUUAAAGGCAAAAUAAAUGAUUCAUCUGAUUCGCAUUAUUUUACUAAACGAUUUGGGCAUUCAAAGUUUAUUUUUGUACAUAAAUUAGUACUGUAAUAGAUAUAGUGGUAUGUAUUUUUAUUACCACUAUUCUUUUAAAAAAUGUUUAUUUAUAAUUUGAUGAAUUUUUGCAUUAUUGCUGCAUUUGUUAAUAUGCAUGAGAUAUACAUGAUAAUAUCAACAGAAUAUUAUAAUACUCUGUAUGAUAUAGCCAAUUAAACUUAAGUUGAAAAACAAAUAGAAUGUUACAAAUAAAAGUCUUCAACAACAAUAAUAAUAAUAAUGAUAAUAAUAAUAAUAAUAAUAAUAAUAAUAA